AUGGGUAGGCGGAGCAAAUGGUGGGCGGCGGCGCUCGUCAGGCGCUGCGCGCUUGUCAUGCUGUGCGUGGGCAGCGCCGUCGUCGCCGCCGUGGACGAGCAGGGCGCCGCGCUGCUCGCGUGGAAGGCGACGCUGCGCAACGGGAACCUCACCACGCUGGCCAUCUACACGGCGCUGCUCUCUGGCCCGAUACCCAGAGAGCUCGGCCGGUGCAGCAGCCUGGAGAACAUCUACCUCUACGAGAACGCGCUAUCCGGGUCCAUCCCGGCGGAGCUCGGCGCGCUCAAGAAGCUCAAGAACCUGCUGCUGUGGCAGAACCAGCUCGUCGGCAUCAUCCCGCCGGAGCUCGGCUCGUGCAGCGAGCUCGCGGUGAUCGACCUGUCGAUCAACGGGCUCACCGGCCACAUCCCGGCGUCGCUCGGGAAACUCUUGUCGCUGCAGGAGUUGCAGCUCAGCGGGAACAAGAUCUCCGGCACGGUGCCGCCGGAGCUGGCCCGGUGCAGCAACCUCACAGACCUCGAGCUCGACAACAACCAGAUCACGGGCGCCAUCCCCGCCGAGCUUGGCGGCCUCCCGGCGUUGCGCAUGCUUUACCUGUGGGCCAACCAGCUGACCGGAAACAUCCCGCCGGAGCUCGGCCGGUGCACUAGCCUCGAGGCGCUCGACCUGUCGACUAAUGCUCUGACCGGGCCGAUCCCACCGUCGCUCUUCCAGCUUCCACGGCUGUCCAAGCUGCUCCUCAUCAACAACGAACUCUCCGGCCAGUUGCCAGCGGAGAUUGGCAAUUGCACGUCCCUCGACCGGUUCCGGGCAAGCGGCAACCACAUCGCCGGCGCGAUACCCCCAGAAAUCGGCAUGCUUGGGAGCCUCAGCUUCCUGGACCUGGGCUCCAACCGGCUGUCCGGUGCUCUCCCCACGGAGUUGUCGGGAUGCCGGAACCUCACGUUCGUCGACCUCCACGACAAUGCCAUCGCCGGCAUGCUGCCGGCAGGACUCUUCAAGGAAUUGCUCUCGCUCCAGUACCUCGACCUCUCCUACAAUGACAUCUCCGGCGCGCUCCCGUCCGACAUCGGCCUACUCACUUCGUUGACAAAGCUCAUUCUCAGCGGCAACCGGCUAUCCGGAGCGAUGCCACCGGAGAUCGGCUCGUGCUCCCGCCUCCAGCUCCUAGACGUCGGCGGCAACUCGCUCUCCGGUCACAUUCCGGGGAGCAUCGGCAAGAUUCCGGGAUUGGAGAUCGCCCUUAACCUCAGCUGCAACAGCUUCUCCGGCUCGAUGCCAUCGGAGUUCGCAGGGCUCGUGAGGCUUGGGGUGCUCGACGUGUCACACAACCAGCUCUCCGGCGAUCUCCAGGCGCUGUCCGCGCUCCAGAACCUCGUGGCGCUCAACGUGUCCUUCAACAGCUUCUCCGGCCGGCUUCCAGAGACGGCGUUCUUCGCGAAGCUCCCGACCGGCGACGUCGAGGGCAACCAGGCGCUGUGUCUCUCGCGGUGCUCUGGCGACGUCGGCGACAGUGAGCUCGAGGCACGCCGCGCCGCCCGUGUCGCGAUGGCCGUGCUGCUCACCGCCCUCGUCGUCCUCCUGGUGGCCGCGGUGCUCGUCCUGUUCGGGUGGCGCCGGCGCGGCGAGCGUGCCAGCGAGGACAAGGACGCCGAGAUGUCGCCGCCGUGGGACGUGACGCUGUACCAGAAGCUGGACAUCGGCGUGGCCGACGUGGCCCGCAGCCUCACUCCGGCGAACGUGAUCGGACACGGGUGGUCCGGCGCGGUGUACCGUGCCAACAUCCCGUCGUCCGGCGUCACGGUCGCCGUGAAGAAAUUCCAGUCAUGCGACGAGGCGUCCGUGGAGGCGUUCGCGUGCGAGAUCAGCGUGCUGCCCCGGGUGCGCCACCGCAACAUCGUCCGGCUGCUGGGAUGGGCGUCCAACCGCCGGACGCGACUCCUCUUCUACGACUACCUCCCGAACGGCACUCUCGGCGGCCUUCUGCACGGGGGCGCGACCGGCGCCGCCGUCGUGGAGUGGGAGGUGCGGCUCGCGAUCGCCGUGGGCGUGGCCGAGGGCCUCGCUUACCUCCACCACGACUGCGUGCCGGGGAUCAUCCACCGUGACGUCAAGGCCGACAACAUCCUCCUCGGCGACCGCUACGAGGCUUGCCUCGCCGACUUCGGCCUGGCACGAGUCGCCGAUGACGGCGCCAACUCGUCGCCUCCGCCGUUCGCCGGAUCCUACGGCUACAUCGCUCCCGAGUACGGCUGCAUGACCAAGAUCACAACCAAGAGCGACGUGUACAGCUUCGGCGUGGUGCUGCUGGAGAUGAUCACGGGGCGGCGCACGCUGGACCCGGCGUUCGGCGAGGGGCAGAGUGUGGUGCAGUGGGUGCGCGACCACCUGUGCCGGAAGCGCGACCCGGCGGAGAUCGUGGACGCGAGGCUGCAAGGCCGGCCGGACACGCAGGUCCAGGAGAUGCUGCAAGCCCUCGGCAUCGCGCUGCUCUGCGCCAGCCCGCGCCCCGAGGACCGGCCGACCAUCAAGGACGUGGCGGCGCUGCUACGCGGCAUCCGGCACGACGACGGCCCCGACGCGCGGAAGGCCGGGAAUGCAGAGCGGGCCGAUGCGAAGAAGCCCAUCUCACCCACCAAACUUAUGGCUCUCACCAGGCCGGUCCAAACCCAGGCCCAGGUCAAUGGUCCAACACUGGUUUGUUCUCCAUUACAUUACCCAGAUGCGUUUUCAGAAGUUGUGGAUCAGUUUGUACAAAUGGGACCUGCAUUUCUGGAUUGA